AUUCGCCGUCGUCCCGCGUUGAUAGUAAUCCGUCCGAGACGAGUCAAUCACCGAAGCAUUCACGAUCGUCCCGCAGACACAGGUCCGUGUUCACACCGGAACAGGUGAAAAGCCUUGAGGAGGCGUUUGAAGAGGCGCACUACCCGGAUGUAGCCGCGCGCGAGGCUCUAUCACAGGCGACAAGCAUCGGCGAGGAUCGCAUCCAGGUGUGGUUCCAGAACAGACGCGCGAAGUGGAGAAAGACAGAGAAGACGUGGGGAAAGAGUACGGUCAUGGCUGAAUACGGUCUGUACGGAGCGAUGGUGCGACACUCGCUCCCUCUACCGGAGUCAAUCAAGCAAAAUGCUGAGAACGAAGAAAAGGAUGCGUGCGCUCCGUGGCUACUCGGCAUGCACAAGAAAACACGGCACGAGAAAACAAACGCACCAGAAGCGGAGACAUCACAGCAUAGUGAGAGCGAAGACGGAACUGGAAAACCAACGACUAGUGAGCGCAUGACUACAGUGACUAGUGACGCCGAGUGAGGAGCCUGCUUAACAACGAGCAGACUCGUGCUAUUUAUAAUGUUCGUAAAAAAUAACGGGUCAUGAAAAAUAAUUGUGAUAUCGUAAGUGCUUACUACUACCACUACCAUACUACCACCAAGGCCGCCGCCGCCGCCGCCGCCGCCACUAUUAAUAAUAAUAAUAAUAAUUACUAUUAUUAUUAUUCUUAUUAUUAGGUUCUAGAAUCACAUUUGUUCACUAGAAAACCGCUUCUGUGUAAUGAAAUACGAAUUGCUACCUUCUUGUAAAUGUUGUUGUAAUGUAUAUAGUAAGGCUAGUUCACUGCGUACGAUUUGCCAUUUUGAUGUAUAUUUUGUAUACCGAGACUAGUAAAAUUAGUAUUGUGAACUGUUAUUGCGUUUAUUGUUCCAAGGAGACAUUUGUUCGUAUUUUUUAACGUUGACACUUAUAGCUGUAGGGUAUUGCCGAGAACGUAGAAUGAUGUAAAGAGCGUAUAAUCUAGUAUCGCUAUAUAUAUUUAUUAUAUCUGACCUUUCUUAUCAAAGACCGUAUACAAUCUUGCGGUAUUCACACGAAAUUCAUAUAAUUUAGAUUUAAUUUACAAUGUAAACGGUAUUUCCUAAUGCAUGCCGUAUAGUGGCGCCAUCGAGCGUGCGGGAGAGCACAUUUCCGCACAAAUUGCGUUCCUUCAAGUUAACGCUUCCGCACAAAAUAUUGAAAAUACGUUUGAUUAAUUUAUUGAUUCUUUGUAAUAAGUUGAACUUGUCUUAAGUAAGUAGAUUCAUGCUACUGCAAUGGAACUAAAUCAAAAUAAAGAGUUGCAUACAAACUCACUCGUAUUACUGUUAGCCGCUUCGUUGAUGACACAUGAGCAUGCGAAAAAAAUACAGAUCCUCCGGUUAUAUUUCAUCUCGAUUUACUGAUCACCUUGUAAACACACUUAAUACACACGAUCAGCGAAUUUGACUAAAAAUGCAUUUAAAACACGCACACUGGAUUUCCUUCACAAUUAGCAUACCGGCCAAUUAAUCUCAAUUCGAGAUUUUUGUCAAUUAUUCAGUACUCGAAAAACUGCCAACGCGUUAACCUUACGAGAUUAUUGCCGUUCUAUCGCAGCUGCUACACCGAGAUGGAAUUAAACCUUUUCUCUACAUAUACCUGUAAAUAUAUUUGCAACACAAAACUUUAAAAAAAAACCACA